GGCGGAGCGAGAGCACCGCCCCUCGAGUCCCUCUAACUGGCAUCGUGUGUGAAGUUUUCCAACCAGCAACUGGCCAUAUCAUGAUGUGAGUGCGCUUUGACAGACGGAAUAUCUAUUCUGAGAAGUCCUAUAGACGAGAAACAGAACAGAGAAAGGCACACAAAGAAGACGAAGAGGAAGAGGACGCUCAGACAAUAAAGAUGGCAGGAGCAAAUAAGAAACCACGGUCUGUCUGACGACUGUGGCCGUUGUGUUCAUCGUCGUGAUCAUCAUCUUGUGCGUUAUACCGAGGCCCUGCAGGAAGGGCGAGGCCUGCUAUGACGAGGGACAAUCGAAGAAUGCCUUUAUCUCCGGCGUCAUCACUGACACUAGCACCACCCAGACCUCAACCACUAACUGAAACCACGUCAACUGAAACAAUUGUAGUUACUACGCCUGCGACCGUCAGCGAGACCACAUCUUCGACUACUUAUUCUUCCACUUCAACUUCUAUGUCCACGACAUCCUCUUCUGAAGCCAUGCCACCUGUGACCGAACCAUCGGUCACGGAAACCACUACUGAGACGUCGGACCUCGCUGAAACGACGCCUGUGACAAAGGCAGAUGAGAAUAUAACCGAGGUUGUGACAGUAACAGAGACAACUGAGGCAAUAACGGACACAACAGCGGAGACAACGGAGGCUGAAACAACAAUGACAACUACUGAAGAGAUUCCAACAACCACAGAGGAAUAUACUUUCACCUACAUGGAAGGGAGGGACUGUAACACUACAGCUUGCAGACGUCUAGCGGCGCGCAUGCUCGACAUGAUGGACAAUGGGGAUAUCAGCCCCUGUACGGACUUCUACCAGUACUCGUGUGGCGGUGUGGUGGACAACGGCUUCCUCAAACCCGAGAAUCCUCAGUACUAUGUCGACAGAAUUAUCAGAGGAGAGCUCGCGUCAGUGCUUCCGGAUGACCCGGACUUAGGUGCUGCGAAGGUCUUCUUUGACGGCUGUCUGCGGACGAGCAACCAGGGCGUGUUAGAGCGACUGAGCGAUAGCAUGAAAGUGUUCUCGGCCCUUGAAUCGCUGUGCGACGCGACCAGCGGGACGGGCGCUUUUGACCUGACCGAAACCUUGACUACGAUGAUGAAGAUGCAUUUCACUCCACUCUUCGACCUGACGUUAGACGUGGAUGGCGAUGAUCCAGACAGUUUCGUUCUCCGACUCUCUCUCCGACGUUCACCUCACCCUUCGGCGAGAAUCUGCCGCACACGGUUUGCGUCGGGGAAUACCACUCCGAGCUGGCAGCCGCCAAACAGCGGGGCGGGGUCUUCAACUUGGACGAACAGUACGACAAGUACAACGAGUGUGUGAGGAAAGGCAAAGGCUCGAAUACUCGUUACAUGAAAAUGAAGGAAAUGGUGAAGAACAUGGAUCUAAUCGGCAAUCA